UGUCAGACGUCAUUAGCAUAUUUGUGCCUAUAUGUAAGCUUGCACCGGGCCGUGUUUAGUCUUUCUCUGUUGGACACACUUGACUAGAAACCCGAACCACUGUCCUCACCGGACGACUCAUUGACCUGCAAAAAUGAGUGACAAACCCGACAUCUCAGAGGUGACCAGCUUCGACAAGAACAAGCUGAAGAAGACUGAGACUAAGGAGAAGAACAGCCUGCCUACAAAAGAAACCAUCGAACAGGAGAAGGCAGCGACGACGUCGUGAAGCCCCUCGCCAUGUCCUGCGUCUCCUUCUCAUCCCUUGACACGCACCCGCCCGCCCCAUCCUCCCCUCCUUCCGCAUUGCCUUGUUUUCAUCAGUCACUUCUUCUAGCUGUAUAACUUUGUAAGCGAAAAACGACAAAACCACAAUGAUAACCAACAGACGACGCCCUCGCCCGACAUGAACACGCCGCCAUCUUGAAGGAUGGAGAAGAGAGGAAGAAUGGAGGAGGUGGUCCUACAGGAUCCUGGAGGUGAGGGUCUGUGCACCACCAACAUGGCUCUGCUUUAGAAAGGUUAAAGAGGCAAGGAACGGCCUGCGUCCCAGGAAGUGCGUCACCGUCCCCCCUCACCGCCAUGUCAUCCCCCGACUUCCUGCGUGGCUGCUUUUGCGCCAAAGCUGAGGCGUCAAGCUUUUGCGCCCUUAUGUCGUCUUUCUAAUUUUCAGAAAUGCACAACUUUGUUUGUACGCUGGCCAAAAUGUUAAUGACCACCUCCCCCAAAUAUGAAUCUGUUGUAUGUAUGUUUGUAUUUUUUUUGUAUGCACACAAGAUUAAAAAAAUGAUUUCAACUAGUUCUCGGAAUAAAUGGACCUGGUUUGUGGUUAAAAUGUACUUCGCAAUUUUGUGUCACAAUCUGACUCGGGAGGGGAAAAAAAAACAAUUGAGUCCAUGGGCUAUUACAUCUUUUUUUUUUUUGUAAAAUCCCUGCAGUCACAUUACUUCGCCACAAUCCAUGGCAAGGAAAGGAGGACCAUGAAAUGUUGUAAUAAAAGAUUUGUUACUAA